AUUUGGUAUCUCCAUUUUCGGGUUUGGGGAAGUCCUGGAUAUCUUAACUAAGCGAUAAUUACAGUCUGUCCCACGCAGCGAGAUUGGCGAUUGGCCGAGUGUUUGCAAAUUUUGUUUCACAAAUAUAUCAUCCAACAACAACCCCUCUUCUGCGCGAGUUUUGCACUUCUCGCAGGCCAAUAAUGCCAUCGCAGAACAAGAACCUUGCCUUGAGCAUGUGCUUGGCGUGUUCACGCUUCUCGCGCUUGCGAAUUUUGCAGGUGGUGGCCUUGGCCGUGUAACAUUGAUACACCCAUGACAACAGACUUAUCCGCCGAAGCAUCACAGAUCAACAGCUCAACCUCGAUGCCUGAGCCUGAUAGGACGCCGACAGCUGGCGCGCGGUCAGCAAUUGCCCGUUGUGCAUCUUUUGCAAUCAGGAAUUGAGUUUUCGCUUGUUAUUUGAGAUGUGUUCGAAUGGGAUUUCAAAACUUAGCAACACCCAAUUGCGACUGAGAAAUUAGUCGGAUCCAUGCUUAUUCUUGUUGUGGAUUGUGGAAUGGAUAAUGGAGACGCGCUGUCCCGGCAUCGAAAUAAUCAUAUCCACAGGCACCUUCCAGCCCUCUAGUCUGAUCUGUCGGCGGUUUCUCCUCGUUGGCUUGUUAUGAAGCUUUUUCUGGGCCCGAGGUAGCUGUUGCUAGGGCCCUGCAGCGAAGUGUGAAGCUGGGUCAGAACCCAACAACCAACACGCGCGGUGUGGAUUUGUUCAACCCCUGCCUAGUACCGCCCUGCUCCACUCAAGCGACAAUGGAUUCACACGGAGAUUGUGCUGGCUGGGUACCGAAUUGUCGUAAUCGACUAGGUUCCUGCGUUUGGACACCUUGCCCGGGCGCUGUCAGAUACGACACGCCCAUCAGCAGCCUCUUUUUACAAAACUUAAAAAAGGUAGAAUGCCCAUCUCCUCCAGUUGUUGAAUAACAACGAUGGGAUUUAUUUUUGCGGCUGCUGCCAUUGCUCACGAAAGUGUUCUUAGGAUCAAAUGGUUCUCCGCUGACGGAUCCGACACUACGACUACUUCUAGUUGGAGUGGUCAGGGGCACCUUUACACGAAAGUUUCCCUUUAACGGCUGUAGAUAUGCCUUCGUCCGUUUGAGAGUUGAGGAGGGACGAGAAAAAAAAAGAAAAAGAAAAGAAAAAAGAAAAGAAAAGAAAAAAGAGGCAAUAGGGAAGCGACAACGAAAAGGAGAGGAACAGAAUGCUCUUUCUCCUCACUAGUGGUCCCGCGGUUUCAUACUUUUGUGGGGAGCUGCCAAAGCAGACCAGUUUCGUGGAUACAUCCGGUGGCUUGAGAAUUGAUCAUCUCUUCUUCUCCGGCUACGGACCUAACUUUGGUUCUUAACGUGGUAGCUCCUCAUUUAUGCAAGAGCAGAAAACUCUUGGGCGUUUCACCCCUCGAUUAGCUUCACUUAAAUUCAUCCUUUGAUGGGGUUUUCAUGCUCCUGGUUCCAUUGACCUUCCCCUCAUUCGUUCGGGAGGGUCUCUUCUCAUAUAUUUCCUACUUGUUGUUUGUUUUUUACUCUUUUAAUAUCCUUGCCUUUUAGAUCGAUCUCUAAAAUCUUCUUGUCACGAUUCUCCGCCGCGACUUCUCCGAGCAUCGUAACCUUCGCUGUAUCGUCCGCGGGGUAAGGACGCUGUCGUGGGUAAUGUAUCGGGCAGUUUAGCCAUUUAUUGCUCACAAUCGCGCAUUCUCCUCCCUGAGAAUCUCGCUGUGGCGCGAUCCUGUGGCGCGUAGAAAGGCGGGCUUUAUACUUCUUGGGGAUGGAAGUAGACCCUAGUCAGCACUCUAAUAUCUUUCUACUUCGCCCGCAUAUAGUCUUCGAGUUCUCAGUUCGUCAACGAUUUAAGUCGAUUAAUUGAUGGACUACAACAUUCGUGAUACUACUGGGCCCUAUCAACCUGGAGAGCUAUGUAUGGGGAUGCCUACUGAUCAGCACUUCAAAGAAACGAGUCAAGGCCUGACCAUGGAUGCCACGGCGGGAUCAGCCGCUGACAAAAAGCGCAAUAAACUGGGCUACCAUAGAACAUCAGUUGCAUGCGUACAUUGUAGGAGAAGGAAAAUUCGAUGCUUACUUGCCUCCGACGAUACGCGAUGCGAAAACUGCAUUCGGUUGAAGAAAGAGUGUCAUUUUUUCCCAGUGGAUCAACAACCACCUGUAGAACCGAAACGGUCUCGCGCAGGGUCGAAAGCUGGGACCACAUCAACCGAAGCAUCGAUAACCUCGUCACCGCCAGCGCUGGUAGGCGGAGGACUUAUGGACCAAACGGAUUCAUACUUCCAGUACGCACCAAUGUCGAUAAAUUCAGGGCAAGAUAUCUCCCCGUUUGAGCCCGGCCCGUACACCGCGACCCCCAUGUCGAAUUUCAGUCCAGAUCCUCUAAACACACACGAUUUAAGCGCUGUCCAACCUGUAAGCCAACCUGUACCGUGGGACGGUUCUUCAUAUUUUGAUCAAAACCUCCCCAGUGCAAUGGCGAAGUCGCAAAUGACUACCCCAACGAAUACCCUGUGGAAUCAUACCCCACCAGUUGCACCUCUUUCCACGGCCCCAUCCAUUCCCGGGACUCCUCUCACUCCUGGCAUUCUUCCAUCAACCGGUGACCCAACAGCAUUCGGUAUGACCGACAGCUCUGUUUGGCCCGCACAGCCCACGAGAUCCGUAACUCUCGCCUCGGGUAAUCUGGCACAGUACCAAAACCAGUAUCAGCAACAAAUACCACCGGAAUUUAAACGUCGAAUGACUGCCCCCGGGGAAACAUAUGCCCGCCCAACGAAUACUUCAGUGCCGGAAUUACCAUCAUCGACUGCCCCUGUUUCUUAUACGCAAACACAAUCCUCAGUAGGCUAUUCCUCGUGGGAAGCAUACCAGGGGCAACCAACAGUACCUGCAAAUCCUAAUCAACCAGUUAUUGGGUCAACACCCUAUGGGCUAGGCGGAUGGUACGCAGCUGACCCCCAGCAGUACGCAAGGAUGAAACAGGAUGAAUAUCACAAUCCGUGAACCCUGCCUGACCAAAACACCGUCUGAUGCCGUGCUACAAUAUAUACGCAGAGGUCUAAAAGAAAGCAGAACUCACCGUACUAGACUUACUGUCAUAAAACUGGUGGUAUGGCUUCCUAGGCUACUCAGAAUCGGGGAGAGGAGAUGGAAUCCUUUCCCUGCUCUUGAUCUGUUUACGCUGGAUUUUUAGGAAAUUAUGCCACUUUGCGCCAAACUUUUGCACUUUCUGUAGUCGAUUUUGGAAUACUCUAGUGGCUGGCGCAAAAACAUCGAAUAUCAUAGGGAGUAAAAGGACAUGAAAACGAAGAUUUCUAACUGGAUAGAGCAAAACGGUUCCCACAUUCCGAAUGUCGCUUUUGUUGUCCUUGUUCCCUAUUACGACCAACGAGGUGUUUUUAUAUUCUGCCUAGCGGACUCUCCGCUUUUCUUUUGGGUUCAAUCUUUUUCCGCCAGACGAUUUUAAUGAUAUGCGGGCACAUUCAAUGACUCCAGCGAUUUCAGCCUCGAGGAUGAAUAAGAAUUAUCUUUCCAUUCCGCAACACUGUCCUUUAUUCCUUCAUCCGAUCUUUGGACUCCGAUACCCUUUCGCUUCCCGCUUGUGGCAUUACAAUUACGAAUCCGAGCCUAUUAUGAGGGAGAAUUUGUGAUAGUCGUUGUGCGGCUUACUGGCGAGAUACCUCUCCUAAGCAAUGUGUCUCCAGGCCCUUUGCAGUACCCUAUAUCGGCCUUAUAUGGCGUAUGACCAGAUGCUUCUGACUAUCUCCCCUCAGCAGCUGGUGAGAAAUUCUAUUGAUCAUACACGCGCCGCCGCCUCCACCUUGCUAGUUUUCGUCGAACACACAUGCUGCUCUUUUCUGGCGAUGGAUUGGAUGGCACUAACCAAUUUCCAAUGUUGAUUUAUUCCCCUCCCCGUUUUCCAAUUUCUAUGAUAUCCUAUCCCCUUUCCGUUUUGUUUCCUUGAGCCGACUGUCGCCUUCUCUCAAUCACCACUCUGAUGACAUUAUCACACGCCGAUUGCCUUUUGCUAGACUCCAAUUGGAAGCAGCACCUGCUCCCCCUCUCCCCCUCCGCGACAUACAUCCGAUUCUUCUUUAUUCACAAUCUCCUUCCUCGCGUUGACAUAGUAUCAUUUACUGGGCUGGCCCUACUGGAGAACUCAUAUGAAAGAAGAUUUAGCAGCUCUUUCCUCUUCAUCAUCUCCUUCUAUCUUUAUACUUUACUUCUUCCACCGUCCUAUAUUUUAUGUUGGGCCUCCUUUUUCUCUCCACUUUAUUCCCCCUUUUAUCUUUCCCUUUUUUCUUUUCUUUCCGAACCUUCUUGUAUUUCCCUCUCUGAUCUCUGCAUAUACUGUUUAGAUUGACAUGUUACUGGUAGAUAUAUCUCAAGAAAAUAAGGCGCGCGUGUGACUUUUAUAGCUAACGGAUGGCAAAAAAUGAUUACAAUUGGAUUAUUUACAGGGGAUUUGAAAUACCAGAGGAUUUCUUUUUCUGAUUAUAUGUCGUGCUUGUAUGAGUAUGAAUGUAACUUGUUUUUAUCAUCCUGUUAUAAUCUUUAAGAAACAUUUUAUUAAAUCUUGG